GGACAAAUUUACCAGAGGAGGAAGCAAUUAAUUUCAAGCAGUCAUGUUCGUGAGAAUCACUUGAGUGUGGUUUUUUUCAGAGUGGGGAGUGAGUCCACCUCUUACGAAGAGCUCUUCGAAGAGGUGACUAAAGGCAGAUUACCAUUUUUGGUGCCAAUCAUCGUCGUCUUCAUUUAGCCGCUGCCGAAAGGGUUCCAUAGUGAAACCAAAUGUCAAAUCCGGCUUUGAUUGCCAAGCUGUUUAGACAUAUCAGCCAACAUUCAUUGAUUAGAAAGAGUACAUUUGCAUGCUCCUACAGAACAGUUGCUCCAUCUCUAGUCUCCAGCCAAAGCCAUGCAAAUGCAGCUGUAUCUGCAAAUCCCGUGAUCAAUUAUCAAGAAUCUCCCAAGUUUUCAGGGAAAGACAGUGAAAGUGAACAGAAACAACAAAUAGGACAACAUGUUUCAAGAAAGGAGAAGACCAGCUUUCUAUUACAGAUGCUUCGAGACCUCGAGGAUAGUAAAGAAGGCAUCUACAGUGCCUUGGACGCGUGGGUUGCGUGGGAGCAGAACUUCCCAAUCGGGCUUCUAAAACACGUUCUACUCACACUUGAGAAUGAGCAACAAUGGCAUAGAGUUAUCCAAGUUAUAAAGUGGAUGUUAAGCAAGGGUCAAGGCAACACAAGAGGUACUUACGGGCAGCUAAUUCGGGCAUUAGAUAUGGACCAUAGGGCGAACGAAGCGCGUGAAAUUUGGAGGAAAAAAAUUGGGUCAGACCUGCAUUCGGUGCCAUGGUCAUUGUGCAGUCUGAUGAUUUCGGUGUAUCAUCGAAACGAUAUGCUGGAGGAUCUUGUGAAGCUGUUCAAGGACUUGGAAGCGUUCGGGCGAAAACCACCAGAGAAGUCUAUAGUGCAGAGAGUCGCCGAUGCAUAUGAAGUGCUGGGCUUAGCCAAACAUAAAGAGUGCUUAAUGUUGAAGUACAAGGAUCUCUUCAAUGAGACGCCAGACGGGCGCCCCAAGAAAUUUAGAGGAUUUCAGACCAAGAGGAAAGGAGAAGCAAAGAAGGAAGCUUGAGGAAAGGGUUUUCUUAUUGAAGCUAAUCCAUAACUCAUUAUAAAUUUCUUGGCACAAUAUAGAGCGUGUUCUCUU